CGGCUUUUCUUUAGCUGUAUGGAAAGCUAACUCUCUAAUUGCGAUGUCUUUCGGCCUCAAACAACCAAUAAUUGCAUCUCUCUCUCUCUCUCUCUCUCUACUUAUGAGUAAUGCCUAUAUAUAAGGCCGCAGUUUAUUUUCUUCCAUAACUCACACAUUAGUACAAUACAAUAUAUAUAUCAUUAGCAAAAAAAGUAAUGGCAAAAAUAGCAGUGUUGAUUGUAUGUUUAGUUGGAUUGUUUUCAUGCAGGGUUAACGGCCGUCCCGCCACGUUCUUGCAGGACUUCCGCGUGGCUUGGGCCGACUCCCACAUUCGCCAAAUCGAGGGAGGCAAAGCCAUUCAACUCAUUCUUGAUCGAAACUCAGGAUGCGGAUUUGCCUCCAAAUAUAAGUAUUUAUUUGGACGUGUGAGCAUGAAGAUCAAGCUGGUUCCUGGUGAUUCAGCAGGAACUGUCACCGCCUUCUAUAUGAACUCGGACACAGACAAUGUAAGAGACGAGCUGGACUUCGAAUUCCUGGGCAAUCGGUCGGGACAACCUUAUACGGUUCAGACAAAUGUGUUCGCUCACGGCAAAGGCGACAGAGAGCAAAGGGUCAACCUAUGGUUUGACCCAUCUGCUGAUUUCCACACCUACUCCAUUCUUUGGAACCAUCGCCAAGUCAUAUUCGCGGUGGAUGAGGUUCCGAUUAGGGUUUACAAGAACAACGAGGCUAGAGGGAUUCCGUUCCCCAAAUUCCAACCAAUGGGAGUUUAUUCGACGCUAUGGGAAGCCGACGACUGGGCGACAAGGGGAGGUCUGGAGAAGAUAGAUUGGAGCAAAGCCCCCUUCUAUGCGUAUUACAAGGAUUUCGACCUCGAGGGGUGCCCCAUGCCGGGCCCCACCGCUUGCGCCUCCAACGCUAACAACUGGUGGGAGGGCGCCGCCUACCAGCAGCUCAGCCCUGAGCAAGCCGGGCGCUAUCACUGGGUGCGAGCCAACCAUAUGAUCUACGACUACUGCACCGACAGGUCCCGGUUUCCGGUCACCCCACCGGAAUGUAUGGCUGGAAUCUGAUACUCAUACUGAUACUGAUACAUCAACGCCUAUAUUUUUCGCCCCAUGCACGUCUGAGGGUAUAAAGGGUAUGGCAGUUUGUUGGUUAUCUUAAAAUACUGAGUGUGAUGGAUGUGGGGAUAUGAUCAUCACAAAAUGUCAAUUGUGGGUACAACAUCGUGCGUCUGUAUUUAUUGUUGCAUAUAAUUUGAGCCAAUAAUAUGGUUAUGUGUGAUUGUGACAAAGAUAUGUAAUUACUAAUCAAUGUGAAUGUUAUAUAUAUAUAAUUCAA